AUGGAGGCCGACGAACGGGAAGAAGUGGUUGAGGAAGUCAGUGAGGAUGUGGUGGUUUCGUCCGAAGAUUCGGCCAUAGAAGUCAGCGAUGCGUGUGAGCGGGACCUCAGAGACCGCAGGGCAGACGACGACAAAGUGGUGAAAGACGAAGAAGUCACCGACAGAGAAGAUGACGAUGACUUCGAUGAUGAUGAUGAUGAUGAUGACGAAACCAGUGACGACAGAAUUGACGAAGAAGUGAAUGAGCUCGAGGUGGAGCUUCUGAUGCUAGUACUGGAGCUGGUGCUGGAGCUGGUUUCGGAGCUGGUGGAGCUGGUGGUGGUGCUAAACGAAGACGAGCUAGUGGAAGAUUUCACAGUCAGCGAAAACGUGCUCGAUGACAGAAAAAUGGAUGCUGAAUAG